CCGCCGCCGCCGCCGCCGCCGGGCCCUGCAGCCGCUGGGCGCGCGCAGCCAGGCAGAAGCCACGAACAAGAUUUUGGACUGCUUUCAAGUUCGUGGUUAUCCAAGAAGGACACUGCAGAUAAGAAAAUGAUGUAAUAGUUUGGCCCUUAGAUCAAAGAAGCCUCAUUAAGUAAAGCUGAAUGAAAACGGGCUGCUUUGGUGGAAGGUGGCAAUCUGCAGAGGGACGAAGCCUAGUGCUUUGCCAUUCUCCUGGUGUCCAAGUCCGUCCUGCCACUCUCUUGCUGCUGUGUUUGAGACUCUCUGUGGUCUCCAGAAUUUUGAAGAACUGCAUGACUUGGCCAGCCUAUUCUAGGACCUAGCAGAAAGUCAACACAGUUCCCAGCCUGAAUCGGUCAGUUACUUCCAGAAGAAAAGGAAGACCUAUGACAUCCCUGGAGAGUUUGUACCUAUGACAUCCCUGGAGAGUUACUUGCUGCAUACUUCCCUCAGGCCCUGCAUGCAAUAAAGGGCUAUCUGUCCAGGUCCUCUUUGCACUGGACACCUGCAGUUCACCUCUUAUGCACUCCAGCACCCCCAUCAGCUCCCUCUUCUCCUUCACCAGCCCGGCAGUGAAGAGACUGCUAGGCUGGAAGCAAGGAGAUGAAGAGGAAAAGUGGGCAGAGAAGGCAGUAGACUCUUUAGUAAAGAAAUUAAAGAAGAAGAAAGGAGCCAUGGAUGAGCUGGAGAGGGCCCUCAGCUGCCCGGGGCAGCCCAGCAAAUGCGUUACAAUUCCCAGGUCCCUGGAUGGGCGGCUGCAGGUGUCCCACCGCAAGGGGUUGCCCCACGUCAUUUACUGCCGAGUGUGGCGCUGGCCUGAUCUCCAGUCUCACCACGAGUUGAAGCCGCUGGAGUGCUGUGAGUUCCCAUUUGGAUCCAAGCAGAAAGAGGUGUGCAUUAACCCCUACCACUAUCGCCGGGUGGAGACUCCAGUGCUGCCUCCGGUGCUCGUGCCAAGACAUAGUGAAUACAACCCCCAGCUCAGCCUCCUGGCCAAGUUCCGCAGUGCCUCCCUCCACAGCGAGCCUCUCAUGCCACACAAUGCCACCUAUCCCGACUCCUUCCAGCAGCCUCCGUGCCCUGCGUUCCCUCCCUCGCCUGGGCAUGUGUUCUCACAGUCCCCGUGCACCGCCGGCUACCCUCACUCCCCAGGAAGCCCCUCCGAGCCAGAGAGCCCCUAUCAACACUCAGCUGACACACCACCCCCGCCUUAUCAUGCCACAGAAGCCCCAGGGACCCAGAAUGGCCGACCUGUAGAUGCCACAGCUGAUAGUCAUUUAGUGCUGUCAGUGCCUAAUGGAGACUUUCGACCAGUUUGCUACGAGGAACCACAGCACUGGUGCUCUGUUGCGUACUAUGAACUGAACAACCGAGUUGGGGAGACGUUCCAGGCCUCCUCCCGAAGCGUGCUUAUAGAUGGAUUCACAGACCCUUCAAAUAACAGGAACAGAUUCUGUCUUGGACUUCUUUCUAACGUAAACAGAAACUCAACAAUAGAAAACACCAGGAGACACAUAGGAAAGGGCGUGCAUUUAUACUAUGUUGGGGGAGAGGUGUAUGCCGAGUGUGUGAGUGACAGCAGCAUCUUCGUGCAGAGCCGGAACUGCAACUAUCAGCAUGGCUUCCACCCGGCCACCGUCUGCAAGAUCCCCAGUGGCUGCAGUCUCAAGAUCUUCAACAACCAGCUCUUUGCUCAGCUGCUGGCUCAGUCAGUUCACCACGGAUUUGAAGUCGUCUAUGAGUUAACCAAGAUGUGCACUAUCCGGAUGAGCUUUGUUAAGGGCUGGGGAGCUGAGUAUCAUCGCCAAGAUGUCACGAGCACCCCCUGCUGGAUUGAGAUUCAUCUUCAUGGACCACUGCAGUGGUUGGACAAAGUUCUGACUCAGAUGGGCUCUCCACAUAACCCCAUCUCUUCGGUGUCUUAACAGUCAGUCAUGACUUCGUCGACAUUUCUAGAGCAUAGAUGCUAUUGCAGGCAGUGGCUUACAUCAUUUCAGAUUUGCAACUAACUCAAGUUUCCAAGUACAUAUGUAAAUACAUAUAAUAUAUACUAUUCAUAUUUUUUAUCACCAAUUGUUUUGUGCUUUCUAGUUAAACCUGAUGCCAGUACAACAUGAUUAGAAAAGCAGGGUUUUCGUGCCUGUGCUAUAAUAAUAGGAAGCAGCUUCUUUUGUGGGCUGGGCGGUAACAAAUGAAGGCAAUUGUCUCAAUAGUAUUUGAAAAGUGCUGGCAGAAUAAAAGGCAGCUUUAGUCAGCCGUGUCAUUAUAAGGCAUGUUGGGUGGCCUACCAGAAAAAUAUCAAAACUGUUUAUAUAUUAAGAGUCAGGGUACUAGCAGCACUAAAGAAAUAACACUUUCAGACAAAAGAAAGCAGUCAAACCCGUAUAAUUUAAACAAUCUCACUUUUAGUGUUAUCGGCAAGGAAAAAAAAAAAAAAAAACAGACCAAGCUGUAAAUCAGUUAUGUAAGAUAAAUCACAUAAAUUAUUUUAUCUCUCAAGUUGAAAUACCUAUAGCUGGAUGAUUGUGCUGAUAUUAAUGGUACAUUUGAAACAAAUUUAAACUGUGAUUGGAAAAGAAACUGUGAAGCUGGGAGCCACAUUGCCUCAUAAUCUACCACUGAAAAAAAUCCAGAAUGAGUCUAAUGCAUGGAAAGGUUAAUAUGAAAAUAGCAAGAAUUGAGCAUUAUUCCCAAACUGCAAAACAAGACCAGAACUUAGUCCAAGAAUCAGCCAGGGAGGCACUUGCUCUCCAUGUAGGGAAUCGGGUCCCUGAAUUUUCCUGGUUUCUCAAGUCAGGCAGCCUGGCCGCCUUUGGAGUCCACACAGUGAGCUAGAGGACCAUGUGUGCAAAUCCUGAGUGGAGAAGAAGCAGUAAAAUAAGAGGAUCGGACAAAAGCAUCCUCUGUUUACUUAUACCUUCUCAUAUUCCCAUUAAAAGGCUCAUGGCGAGGGCAGUCCUUUUGCCGCAUUUUCCCUACACAUUGGCAGAUACUAUUUACAGAUGACUAAAACAGUGGUGAAGCCUUUGAGAAAAUCUGGACACAUUGCUGGGAUGAAGUUUAUGAGUUAUUUAACUUAGUGUCUCAAUCUGCUGGUCACAUCUGGUAGCCUCUUAUAAAGCUGAAACCUCAUACCUGGAAAUAACUUCACAAAUAGAAUGAUAACUUCAUAAUCCUUAUAAUCUCUGGGGAACAGCGGUACCGAAGAGUGGGACACUUAAAAUAUAUAUAUGGUAUUAAAAGCCCAUUCUUAGUUACUCUUGGAUGGUAAAGAGAGGAAAAUUCCCCACAUUUCUAGGUACUUUCAUAUAUAUAUAUAUAUAUAUAUAUAUAUAUAUAUAUAUAUAUAUAUACAAUUCCCACCCACUAAACACUGCACUGCUUCGAAAAAUAUUUCACACCCUCUUAAAAAUGUAUAAUUUAAGAAGGUAAUUAUGCUUGUAACAGACGGUACUUCAGUAAUCCAAGAGGCUUCUUCAUUUAUACAUUCUAUCUCAAGUCUUUUUAGCAUUAGCACACAGUAGUUGCUUAUCAUUAAAUUGUAUUCAAGGUAGAAAUGAUCCUGUGAAAAAGAUACGAGUGAGUUCCUACUGUCACCUCUUGUAAGCACUAGUGUUAUCUAAUAGAAACUUUCAUAUAUGCAACAGAAAAUAGUACAUUCUACGUUAAAAUUAGGUGGUCCAUUUAGUGUUUAGAAAACCCUGUAGUUCAUUGGUUCAUCACCUAUGUAUUGUGCACCUGUAUGUGCUGGGUACAGUGUUAGGUACUGUGGAAUCCAGUGUAAACCAGAGACAGCCCCAGACUCUGGAGCUGAGAGUCUAUUAGGAAACCUGUGUAGACAUCUUCAUGUAUUUUCACUUUUAAAACAAAACAAAACCUGCGAUCGUUUUUUUUUUCCUUUUUGCUUAAAAAAAAUACGACUGAUGAUUUCUUAA